CGGCUCUCGGCGUCUUUCCCGCCAUGUCCUUUGUGGAGAGCGGGAGGCGGACGGCGCCGCGGCUCCGACGCCUGGGGGCUGCGGCGCUGCUCUCGUCGCAGUACUCCACCCUUGCUCAGGGAGACCGUUGGGGAAAGGGGGAAGUGGACGACGAGCAGGGCUGUGACCCAGUGGCCCGCGACUUGAGGGCCGAGUUCUCGGCCGGGGCGUCGUCGGAGCCCAAGAGGGGCUGUCGGUUCCCGCCGGAUGGGGACGGCUCGCCGGUCCUACCGGAUAAGCGCAAUGGCAUCUUCCCUGCGGCUGCGGGCAUCCGAACCAGGGCUCGGCGCUGGCCAGUCCAGGUCCUUUCUGUUCUGUGCUCGCUGCUCUUCGCCGUCAUCCUCGCCUUUCUCCUCGCCAUCGUCUACCUGGUCGUUAAAGAGUUGCAUGCUGAGAAUUUGAAAAAUGAAGAUGGUGUAGACUCUGGGAUAUUAGGAUUCUGGACUCUGCUUACAAUAUCCCUCGCUGCUGGAUUCUCCUGCUGCAGCUUUUCCUGGACAGUGACUUACUUUGAUUCUUUUGAACCAGGAAUGUUUCCUCCUACUCCUCUUUCACCUGCCAGGUUCAAGAAACUGACUGGACACUCCUUCCACAUGGGCUACAGCAUGGCAAUUUUGAAUGGCAUUGUAGCUGCUCUUACUGUAGCCUGGUGCCUCCUGUAAAACCCACACUGGAGCAAUACUGUUGGCAAAAUGUGAUCUUGAUUGUUUUGUAAUAUUAGGAGAAAACAUCAUUGCCCUCUCAGAAGACCAGGAAACCUGAUGUUCAUUUUGUAGGUCACCUGCGUGUCGUCAUCAGCAUUAUGGGACAACUUGUCAAGCACCUUUCUACAGGCUAGGCCUUGGGAUAUCUGAAUAUUAAUUUUCAAGAACUUUCUUUAAAAAGUAUAAGAUGUUUUACCUCAUCUUUUUACUUUUGUAUGUGUUCUGAUAAGUUGUAGAAAAUAUUUUAAUGGAAACGAAUGUAAAAACUUGAAUACAAGAUCACUGCCUACUUUUUCAUGUUUAUAGCACAUUUUAUGCUAAGAAAUACUGGUUUUGCUAGGUAAUUGAGAUACAAUUGUUUCUUAUGUGCACAUUACAUUAGGAGAGCAAACAGUUCCUAUUUUACCAACAUUUUAUAGAACUUACUUUUAAGUAAGAAUAUAUAAUCAAAGGUGUGUGCAUAUUUUUAUGAUAGUUAUGUGUAUAUUUUUUAGCAUAUUUUCCUAUCACAUAUUAAAUUUAUGUUUGUAAAAUUACAUUUGGACAGUUGUAAACAUUAUUUCCUAGCUGGUAUAAGCUAAUACUAGCUAGUGUAGCUAUCUUGCUUUUUAAAAAGCUUUUUAGAAAACCAAAACUAAAUUUUAAAUUAAUUUAUUUUUUUAAACAAUGACUGAUAAAGAUGUCACUAAAAUGCUGAUAAAUUUGAGGGUGCUUACUAUUUCAACUUCUAAAAUUCCAACUAUUAUCUUGAUGUAUAUAAUUAUUUCCACAGAAUUAAUAUGAUUUCAUUUUCAAUAAAUGGGAACCUAAAAAUUUUGAAUGUAGAAAUGCUUGAACUAUGUUUUUAAUUUCAGAAAUUUAGUUACUAAAGUGGAAAAGAUAUUUUGGUAUUCUGUUUAUUUAUGUACAAUAAACCUUACAAUGUAUAAAUAAUACUGUGUAUACUAUAGUGUCAGUAGUUUUUCUGUUUCAUAUUUAAGUAUUCUAGAGUUGUGAUGUUAGGUUUUGUUUUCACAGUAGUUUAGCCUUAGUAGUUCCCUUUCCUUACUAACAUCCUUAAGCCUUUAGAAAGUCAUCUCAAUUUUGGAAAGAUGUGUAGUUUUCAGAAAUGUCUUCCCUGGGUAUGGAAAAGUACAUUUGUAAAUCAUUGAGUGAUGAAACUGCUGAUUCAGGCUCUACAGAAAAAGAAUAUGUACAGUGUGUUCUCCUGAAUGCUGAUCUGAUGAAUAUUGUUACUCAGAAAGAAAAUUUUUAAAAGUAAAAAUUUUUGCUAUUUAAAAAUU